AGAACCAUAUUUGAUAUCUCUGAUGCGGGCUCAGCUUAGCUAUAGCGGUAACUCCCAGUACGCGCGCUAUUACGUAAGUCAUGAUGUAACUUUCUCGUGAUAACGUAACAAAGGUUGCUAAGAUUUCCCUCCAGAUUUUCUACAGACCCCGAACUGAUCGGUCGACAUUUUUCGCUCUUCUAUUUUUCUAAAAAUGUCUCACAGGAACCCAGUUUAUCGGGGCGGCUCGAUGAAGAAUUUAUCCAGCAAAGACAAAGAUAUCAUUCUUCGACAAAAGACCGAGGAGCUUGAUGAAGCAAUGCAAGAGAUGAAAAGGCUAGAGGCGCAGGUCAAAACACUUAAGGAGGAAAACAAUAACAAGAAACAGAGAGUUGAGCAAGUAAACAAGUCUAUUUCUGAGAACAGAAAACUUAUGGAGGAACUGUUUAAAGAACAGGAGGAGCGAGAAAAGCUGAUGGAGGAAAGGGAGAACUGGAUGUGCUCUUACAUCGCUGGUCUCACAGUGUCAGAGCUGGUCAACAAAACGGUCACCAUGUGUGAUACUUGCGAGGCAGACAGAUCUAACGAUGACCUACGUUUAAAAAAGAAGAAGUUAGAAAUAGAGCUGGCUGAGCAAAAAGAAAUCCUCAACAAUAUGAAAAAGACAGAGGCUGACCUAGACAGGGAAAUUGAGCUGCUUAAACAAGAGCUAGAAGAAGCCAAGACAAAGCCAGCCACUGCUGAGACCGCAUGUCAGGCAUCGGUGGAGGUCUCCAACUCCGAAGUCCAAACAAUUUGUGCCUCAAGAAAUGAAUGCCAGACUCAGACAGAGGUCACAAACACAAUCAAAGUCACCCAAGAGACUCAGACUGACCCACUUUCAAAGGUCAGUGCCUAG